AAGGAACGGUUCAGUACAGGACGGUACAGGGUUCCGUUAAUUCCCCUUUGCAUUGACUUCACCUUCUCGGACAGUUCAAUCCAUCCACUAAUCGGAUUAAUUGAUUGAUUGAUUGAGCGCGCGCCUGGAAUCAUGGACCAUCAUCAGCCUCAUCAUUAUUAUGACGAAGAAACGAACGACUACAUGCAGCAGGAGAACGACUGGGACCGGGACCUGCUACUGGACCCCGCCUGGGAAAAACAGCAGAGAAAGACUUUCACAGCUUGGUGCAACUCUCACCUGAGGAAAGCUGGAACUCAGAUCGAGAACAUAGAGGAGGAUUUUAGAGAUGGACUCAAACUCAUGCUGCUCCUUGAGGUCAUCUCAGGAGAACGUCUGGCUAAACCAGAAAGAGGAAAGAUGAGGGUGCACAAGAUCUCAAAUGUGAACAAAGCGCUUAACUUUAUCACCAGCAAAGGAGUCAAACUUGUGUCUAUUGGAGCAGAGGAAAUUGUUGAUGGGAACGCUAAGAUGACUCUGGGAAUGAUCUGGACUAUCAUCCUUCGCUUUGCCAUCCAGGACAUUUCAGUAGAGGAAACCUCAGCGAAAGAGGGUUUAUUGUUGUGGUGUCAGAGGAAAACGGCACCCUACAAGAACGUCAACAUCCAGAACUUCCACAUCAGCUGGAAGGACGGUUUGGGAUUCUGUGCCCUUAUUCACCGGCAUCGACCAGAACUCAUCGAUUAUGGCAAACUGCGCAAGGAUGACCCCAUGACUAACCUGAACACAGCAUUUGAUGUGGCUGAGAAAUACCUGGACAUCCCAAAGAUGUUGGAUGCUGAAGAUAUCGUUGGUACAGCCCGUCCAGAUGAGAAGGCCAUCAUGACCUACGUUUCUAGCUUCUACCACGCCUUCUCCGGGGCACAGAAGGCGGAGACGGCGGCUAAUCGGAUCUGCAAAGUACUGGCAGUUAAUCAGGAGAAUGAGCAGCUAAUGGAGGACUACGAGAAACUCGCCAGUGAUUUGUUGGAGUGGAUCAGGAGAACAAUCCCGUGGCUGGAGAACCGGAUUCCUGAGAACACCAUGGCUGCCAUGCAGCAAAAGCUGGAGGAUUUUCGUGGUUAUCGGCGCGUCCACAAACCCCCCAAAGUUCAGGAGAAGUGCCAGCUGGAGAUAAACUUUAACACCCUGCAGACCAAACUGAGACUCAGCAACCGACCUGCAUUCAUGCCCUCUGAGGGGAAGAUGGUGUCGGACAUCUCGAAUGCAUGGGGGACGCUGGAGGGAGCAGAGAAAGGUUAUGAGGAGUGGCUGCUGAAUGAAAUCCGCAGACUGGAAAGACUUGACCACCUUGCUGAGAAAUUCCGCCAGAAAGCAGCCAUACAUGAGGCCUGGACAGAAGGUAAAGAGGCCAUGUUGAAUCAAAAGGACUAUGAGACAGCGUCUCUCUCUGAUAUUAAAGCUCUGUUAAAGAAACAUGAGGCAUUUGAAAGUGACCUCGCCGCCCACCAGGACCGAGUGGAGCAGAUUGCCGCCAUCGCUCAGGAACUCAAUGAGUUGGAGUAUUAUGACUCUCCCAGUGUAAACGCUCGCUGUCAAAAGAUCUGUGAUCAGUGGGAUUUACUCGGAGAGCUAACUCAGAAACGCAGUGAGGCCUUACAGAAAACGGAGAAACUGCUUGAGACGAUUGAUCAGUUGUACCUGGAAUUUGCUAAGAGAGCAGCGCCGUUUAAUAACUGGAUGGAAGGAGCGAUGGAGGACCUGCAGGACACCUUCAUUGUCCACACCAUCGAAGAGAUACAGGGUCUCAGCGCGGCUCACGAGCAGUUUAAAGCGACUCUUCCGGAGGCCGAUAAAGAGAGACAGGCGAUUUUGGGAAUUCAUAACGAGAUUGCUAAAAUCGUCCAGACGUACCACGUUAACAUGGCAGGAACGAACCCAUACACCACCAUCAACCCUCAGGAGGUCAACACCAAGUGGGAAAGGGUGAGACAGCUGGUUCCUCAGAGAGAUCAGGCUCUGAUUGAAGAACACGCCCGGCAACAGAACAACGAACGUCUGCGCAGACAAUUUGCUAAUCAGGCUAAUGUCAUUGGACCCUGGAUCCAGACCAAGAUGGAGGAGAUCGGGCGCAUCUCAAUUGAGAUGCAUGGUACAUUGGAGGACCAGCUGAAUCACCUGCGGCAGUACGAGAAGAGCAUUGUUAACUACAAACCAAAGAUCGAUCAGCUGGAGGGAGAUCACCAACAGAUCCAGGAAGCACUGAUCUUCGACAACAAACACACCAACUACACUAUGGAGCACAUUCGUGUUGGAUGGGAGCAGCUCCUCACCACCAUCGCUCGCACCAUCAACGAGAUCGAGAACCAGAUUCUGACCCGCGACGCCAAAGGAAUCACCCAGGAACAACUCAGCGAGUUCAGAGCUUCAUUCAACCACUUCGACCGGGAUCACUCAGGCACUCUGGGCGCUGAAGAGUUCAAAGCCUGUCUCAUCAGCCUGGGCUUCGAUAUCGGAAAUGACGCUCAGAAGAGAACAGGCAUGAUGGACGCAGAGGAUUUCCGCACCUGUCUGAUCUCCAUGGGUUAUAACAUGGGAGAGGCGGAGUUUGCUCGCAUCAUGAGCAUUGUGGAUCCUAACAGACUCGGGGUCGUGACCUUUCAGGCCUUUAUUGACUUCAUGUCUCGAGAGACGACGGAUACAGACACGGCUGACCAGGUCAUGGCUUCAUUUAAGGUUCUUGCUGGAGACAAGAACUAUAUAUCGGCGGAUGAAUUAAGGCGUGAGCUGCCCCCGGAUCAGGCUGAGUAUUGUAUCUCCCGCAUGGCACCAUACAGGGGAAGCGACGGCGUACCCGGUGCCCUCGACUACAUGUCCUUUUCGACUGCUCUUUACGGAGAAAGCGACCUCUGAUCCCUCAAUUACACCUUCUCAACAAUACCCUCAGCAUCAGCCUCUUUCUCAUAGGGGUCGACCUGCCUUCUGUUUAUUACACACACACACACACGCACACACACAUACACACACACACUCAGUUUCUUGGUGUGUAGGUGCUGAGUGGACUCUGCUGAUCUGAAGUCAGUUUGAAACAUCAGUGAAUGUAGAUGCACUUACACAGGGUAAUGAGCAGUGUUUCAAAUUACUCCCGGUUUUACAUAUAGUGCACUACAUAGCAUUACUGACCAUCAACUAAGGUUUCAGUGUGCACUACAUAGGGUGUAAGUUCUUACAAUGUCAUGUGCACUUUAGGAACAUAGAGUGGGAAUUGAAGAUCAUUGCAAAUGAAUAUUUCACCUUCUGUGUAGUGCACUAAAAGAGGAAGCAUGGAGUUUGAUCCUGAGAUUAUUCUAAAGCCUACACUAAAACCUAAACGUAUUGGUGAAUGAGCAUUUACAGUACAGAUGAAUCCAGGACUAGGCAUGUGUUAAUCCAUGUGGUGAUUUAUUAUUUACUUUAUAUACUGCAUUUUGGGGACUUGUGAUUUCUGUCAGCGGCACAAUCGCCUCACAGCCUGAGUUUGUUUCUGUGUUGAUUUUGCAUGUUCUCCCUGUGUUUGUGUCAGUUUCCAGUUGGUUUGUGUCAGUUUCCUAUUAAGUCAGGCCAUAUGGAGGUACUAAAAUUGCCCCAAGUGUGAGUGUGUUUGUGUGUAAAUGUAUGUGUGUCUGCCCUGUGAUGGACUGGCGACCCGUCCGGGGUGUUUCCUGCCUUUUACCUGUGACCCUGACCAGGAUAAAGUGGUGGUGAAACAGACAAUGAAUAAAUGAAUUAUGUAUAUCCCAAAUCACACUCAAUUAAACAUGAAGUGUACUACAUAGGAUGUUUUACCCUUUUGUGCAACUUAUGUUAAACUAAAUACCAACAAGCUCUUUAAUUUGGGGUUUCUGAUCUCAGAUUAGCCGGUGAGUUCCUCAGCACCACUUAAACUGAUCUUAUAAUCGUUUUUUUACCCCCCUGCAGCUCAAAUACCCCAAAAUACCCUAUUUACUCCUAAUACCCAACUACACUUCCAUGCUGUGCUCCUGCUUCCACACCACCAAUAAAUCUUCAACUUUUAUACACCAACAGAAAGAAAAAAAUUCUUCUUGUUUUUAUUUCAUAUGUUUUCAUUUUCUUCAUAAAAAAUUAAGCAUAUUUUAUUAUACAGAACCAAAAGUAUUUUUCUUCACCUGGCUUUAAAAGAAUUUAAAUAAAGAAAAAUAGCAAAUG